AUGAACAGCUCUGUGUCCAGCCCCCCCAUUGACUUUAGAAUCUACGGCUCUCUGGGCCUGGAUCAUUUUGCACUUGUCGUGUGUGUCUUUGUCUUCUACAUUUCCGGAUUGUGUGUGAACGUGGUCCUUGUUGUGGUGGUUUGUGUGGAGGCUCGUCUCCACAGACCCAUGUACGUGUUGUUAGUGAACCUGUCUCUGAGUGGACUGAUGGGCAGCUCCUCUGUGUGUCCCAUCGUCCUCAGACAUCUCGUGACCGGCAGCCAGGAGACGUCUCUGACUGGAUGUUUGACUCAAGUGUUUUUCACCAACGUGUACGCCGGCUGUAUGUUUUGUGUCUUAGCUCUGAUGGCCUACGACCGGUUCGUCUCCAUCUGUAGACCUCUGCUGUAUCACUCCAUCAUGACGCCAGCGAGGGUCAAACUGAUGCUGACCCUGGUCUACGUGUCCCUCAGCUGCAGCUCAGCCGUACAGGUGAAUCUGACAUCCACGAUCCCUCUGUGCCACCACGCUGUGGAUAAACUCAUUUGAGACAGUUUGGUGAUUUCAAAGCUUUCUUGUAAACGGACGAAUCUGAUCAACUUCUCUGUGGCCUCCUUCUUCGGAGUCGUCUCUAAUCGUCUGACUUAUGAAGUUCCAAAAGCUGUGAACAUUUUCAUCUGUAUGAAUUUCUUUGCCAUCCCUCCUCUGCUACAUCCCAUAACUCAACUCUAUAUGAUGGGGGACAGGUACAGUGAAUAA